GAGAGGUGCGCUGCCAGAUGCCAAGGCGCUUGUCUGUCUAUAGUUCCAGAGCGAUGUCCGUGAUGCUGGACCUUCUCAACGUGUCAAUUCACAGGUUACCUGUAGCCUAUGCACUGACCACAAGACACGACGAACUCACACCAUAGGGGAUUGAGAAUCACACUUGAAAGAGGCAUGGUGUUUCUAUUUAGAAGAAACCUCCUUUAAAAACCUUGGAGUAGAUCGAACGCCGUCAGAUUCAAUGUGGGUACCGCGGUUUGAGAAAAGAGAGAAGUCUUCAAUAUCGGUGUGAUGGUUAACGAAUACAUAUGGGAUUAUUGUGGACAUGAAUGUACCGGGACGUGUUGACAAAAUGUUCGUCAAUAUGAUCUCUUUUGUCACAUACCUGAAGUUAAUUGAUCUACUCUGAAUACUUCCGACUCAAAGGUUUCAACGGUCGCUUGGAUAAUAAGUGAUUAAUUCGGGAUUGUUUUUCUUCUUCCAAUAUGCUUAUGAAUUGAACGCAUUAAGUAGCCUGCAAGUGGGUACUUGAAGAUCUGACAUCUAGACAUUUUGAUAUAUAGAUUUGAGGAGAAUAAAACACGAAGCCAUGUCUUGUCUGCUGGUGUUAGUGAACUGUGUGAUCCUGUUGCUCUUCGCCAGCGACAUGUUGUUGGUCAGUGGAAACCGCCCUCCUGCUCCCGUCAACGUGUCUGUGAUGCACCUGAGGGCCGACUCUGCCACCGUCUCCUGGGAGGUACCUGAGGGUGACAUCAUCAUCGGCUUCUCCAUCUCACAGCAGAGACAGCAGGGCCACACCCAGCGCUUCAUCAGGGAGGUGAAUACCACCAGCAAGGCCUGUGUUCUGUGGGAUCUGGACGAGGAGACGGACUAUAUUAUCCAGGUCCAGUCUAUUGGUCUGUAUGGAGAGAGUCAGGCCAGCAAGAGGGUCCACUUCAGAACCCUCAAGAAGUCUGACCGCUUCCUGUCCAACAGCUCCAACCAAGAUGACCCUGCAGUGGAAGGUCUGGACAAGACACGGCAGCUCCAGACAGGAGAGGCGAUCAUCAUUGUGGUCGUGCUGCUCAUGUGGGCAGCUGUCAUUGCCCUGUUCUGUCGGCAGUAUGACAUCAUCAAGGACAACGACUCUAGUACCGGCAAAGACAAGGUAAAGCCACCGUCGUUGGCGAGCACGCCAGAACACUGCUCCGGAGGACUGCUGAGGAAUAAGUUUCAUCCGUCGCUACAAUCCAUCAACAUAAUUGAGGUUUAAGGGAAGAAUGCAGAAUGCAGAAUGCAGAAUGCAGAAUGAAGAAUGCAGAAUGCAGAAUGAAGAAUGCAGAAUGAAG